AUGAAUUGGCUUUUUUGGAAUGUAAGGGGUGCAAAUAAAAAGUAUAAGCAGAAGGAACUGAGAAAAUAUAUAAAGACAAAAUAUAUUACCCUAGCAGGAAUAACAGAAACCAAAGUCAAAGAGCACAAAGCAACAACUGUGGCAGCUAAUGUGGAUCCCAACUGGGGGUUUCUGAAUAAUUACAGGAGUGCAAUCAAUGGAAGAAUUUGGCUACUAUGGGAUAGUAGAUUAUAUACAGUUGCUAAGCUGAAAGAAGAAGCUCAAUUACUGCAUUGUCAAGUUAAUACAAUAGCAUCAAAUAAGACAUGUGUUAUAACUGUAAUCUAUGGGUAUAAUACAUGUGAGGAAAGGAAAAGUAUGUGGGAUACACUUAAAAUACUGGCUCAAGGAAUGAAUAUACCAUGGUUAAUUGUUGGAGAUUUUAAUGCAAUGUUAUAUCCACAAGAUAGAUUAUAUGGGAAUCCAGUACAAUAUGGGGAGAUCAAGGAUUUCAAUGACUGUAUCCAUGAAUUACUGCUCAAUGAAGUAAGAUGGACCGGUGAUUACUACACCUGGACUAAUAAACAACAAAGUAAGGAGAGAAUUUGUAGCAGACUGGAUAGGGCUUUUGGUAACCAUGAAUGGAUGAUGGAAUGUGGUCAUAUUGUGAUGGAAUAUGAUGUGCCACUAAUCUUAGAUCAUAAUUCGAUGGUGCUUGCUUUACAGACAAAUCAGAGUGAUAUCAAAGUUCCAUUUAGGUUCUUCAACACUUGGGCUGAUCAUGAAAAGUUUCAGGAUAUAGUGAAGCAAGUAUGGCAACAAAAGUUUUCAAAUUGGAAGAUGAAAGAUAUAUGGAUGAAACUGAAGGCACUAAAAUCAUUAUUCAAGCAUCUGAAUAAUGAGGAGUUUAGAAACAUUACACAGAGAAUAGACAAAGCAAGAAAUGAAUUAGUGAUAAUUCAUAAACAACUGACUUCAAAAUGGUCAGAUGAUUUAAUAGAACAGGAAAGGACUACAAUGCAGAAUCUGAAAAAAUGGUCCAUGAUAGAGGAUAACAUCAUGAAACAGAAAUCAAGAGCUAAAUGGAUCAAAUUAGGGGAUUCAAAUACAAAGUAUUUCUCAGCUGUGGUUAAGGAGAGAGUCGGAGAAAAACCAUUAAGGAGAUCACAUCACUAG